GCGCAUGUGCACACGUGUGUGCACACGAUUCAAUGAAACGGGCAGAGAGAGCAGAAGGAUAAACCGUAACAGCGGGAAGGAUGAUCUGCUUUGAUAACCAAAAAAAAGAGUUUUUUUUAUUUGAACGAUGUAACAUUACGCUACAUAACACAUCAACCUUUAUCCUAUUAUCAGGACCAUCGUGAUAUCAUAAGAAGGACAAUAAAUGAGUUUAUUUCAUUGAGGCUGAAGCCCAUUAAGCCAUCUGAGUUGUAUUUUUUAUUAUUGUUUUUUUCAUUGGCUUAUUUCGGCGUGCACGGAGUCAGUGCCCUGCACUUACGCAACAGAGAUCUUCACUCAGCAACGGGUUCGCGAGGAAAGGACGAAAUAAAGCAGGCAUUUUUUUUUUGUAUUCCAUUUUUUUUAUCUAAUCCCACUGAUUUCUGAAAGGAUUACCGGGCGAAUCAUGAUUGAGAGGCCGCUGCCCGGACCGGGAACAGUGUGGCAGUCAGUGGGAGCACAUCACCAGGAUCCGAACUGAAACAUUGAGAGAUGGAUCUGUCUAGACUUUUCUGUACAUGACCGGCCAAUGGAGGAAGAAAAGAAGGUUGAUAAUAUCCAACCAAAAUCCAGUUCCCCUUUACCUACUGGGAUUCCCAUUAACUGGGGACUCAUCACCGGCCCUGUCCCUCAGCCUGUGUUCCCAACACCUUCUUUGAGCACCCAACUGCCUCCUCCUCAGAGUUCGGCUGUUCACGCCCUGCAAACCAAGGUGAAGUCACUCACACAGAGAAGGACAAGAGGGAGAGAUCGAGAGAAAGAAAGAGAAAGAUUCGACACAGAUGUUUUAGUGAGCAGUCCAGUUGGGCAGAUUUCAUCCGAAGUCUUUCUCAGACAGAGGCCCAGAGGAAAGGCUCAGGUAUCUUUGCCUGGCCCCUCCUGGCGAUCAGGAAAUACAAAGAACUUGAGCAGUAGUGAUGAAGAGGAGGAGGUAGAGGUGCAAGUCAGUUUCCAGAUCCACAGCCCUCCAGCUGAGGAGCAGGUCUUCCAGGAGGGAGAGGAAACUGAAGACGAGAGGUCAGAGAGAAAUGAGGACCAGGUCAGUUUUCUGACAGGCUGUGGGCUCGGGGAGGGAACCAGUCUAGAAAGUCUUCUGUCUGAUAACUCAAACAGCAGUAAGGAUGACCCAUCACCUCCUCCUCCUCCUCCUCCUACUCUAACUGUGCUCUCCUCAUCUCCUGCCGCCACCUCUGCUUCUACAACAGCUUCCAAUUCUUCUUCAACGUCUUCCACUUCAACCAGACGCUGGGCACCACCCAAGGGCUUCUGGAGAGUUGUGCGCCCUGAAACAUUGCUUCUAAAUGGUGUCAGCCCUGACAACACACCCUCCAUUGUACCUGUGAAGGACCAUACUCAGACAGAAGCACCGACAGAGCCUCAAAGGUAUUCUAAACCAGCCGAAACAGGCACCAGGAGCGAUGCUGCAAGUGUGGUGUAUGACAGUGACGCAUCCGCAGAGUUCAAACACUCGGACAGUGUGGAGUGCUACCUGGACAGGUGUGAGCAGAAGGAGUUAGAGGCUGCUGACCUAGCUAAAGGACUGUGCAGUUCGGACAGCUCAGAGAGCAUGUCUUCACAAAGUGGGCUACUCUCUGCUGAUGAGAAAUUGAUGGUGAAGCCGAGAGCUUAUGUAAAGUUAAGGGAAAGAACCCAAAUCUGCACGGAGGACAGCGAGCAGAGUGGAGGGGAAAGUUCCGGCUAUUAUGGAGACACAACAUACAGACGCGAUUGUAAAGUCACAGGUGCCCAUGGAGUUUUCGACAGCUCAGACUCUGCUAUUCUUGCUCAGGAACUUGAACCCUAUUUGAGGACACUUCUUGUAAUCAGUGAUGAACUUCCUCUGAGCCCAAGACAUGAGCAAGCCAAGCUUCUUCUGGAGCGAGCAAGACUCAAGGCUCGCUCCAAUCAUAUUAAAGGCGAACGCCCCGGCAGACGCUCCCAUUCUGAUCAAAGAGCCACCGUAAAGAAGCAGCAAAUCGAGUCUCCAAGUCCAACGCGUGUGCAGAAAGCUGUUCAAACCAAAGAAGAUCUUCCAGCUCAAACUAUAUCUGGUACCCUUCUAAUCCCCAACCAGGACACUUCCCCGGGUGACCAAGGUGGUCGAUCUAGACGGUAUGGUUGUUCACCCACACGGGUGCGCUUUGAGGAUGAAUCGGAGAAAGAAGCAGAGUCUCGAUACUUGGAUAGAGUGAGACAGCGUAACAGGCCUGGGGCGCCCAAGUCCAAGAGCAAAGAAAGUAAUACGGAUUCUAGCAGUAGUGGUUCAGAGAGGAGCAGAAAAAAUCGAAAUGUCUCCAUGCCUGCGUCACAGAAGAAUCAAGUUGUGGGUGUCAGUGGUAAACCCACAACAGUGAUUAAAGAGAUAAUAGUGCUGGUGAAGAAAUGUGAGGCAUGUGGCUCUGUAGUCAAGGAGCCUCAGCCAGUCUCAUUACCGCCAGAGCCAAAGGACAGUGAGCCACAGCAGCCUGAGGACACGCGGGAAAAAGCGGCUUCUCGCUCGGUGCCUCAUAACAAACCAGAGGCAAGUACUCGUCCCAAAGCUCCUCUAACUGUCACUUUUGCAGGAGCUUUUGUGUUGGGGGAAAAUAAAGAGAGCAGCACAGGGUGGAAACCAUCAGGGUUUGGAAAGCUUAGGAGAAGGAGCAGGAAGGGAGAAAGUCGACUGGAGUCCGGCAAUGGCCCUUACGGUCCAUCUUGGGCUCAGCGGCGUAACUCAAAUCCCAGGAACAGGGUCAACUUGAGCAGAGCGGUUUCCUUCGCCCCAGAUAGUCCCGUUGCUAUGGAGCCCCAUUUGCCGGAGGCAUCUGAUGGAUUGAGAGAAUCACCUCCCCCAUCACUGCCUAUAAAGUCAGCCCUGAAGUCAAGUUCAAGGAAUCGCUCCGCUGCAGGUCAGUCCACUGUUCAGUUCCAGAUUACCUCAAAUCAGGGAGGUGAGGGAGGAGCCCAGCAUUCUGCCCUCCUGGACUCUCCAGAGGCAAGAAGGGAGUGUGCAGUGGCUUUAACCCAAGGGACCCCUGCAACAAGCAACCCAGUGCCCUGUAUCAGGCCCUCUACCCUGAGGUACUCCCCAGCCCGGCUCACCACUGACCUACAAGCUGCUGAACUCUGGGAUGCCACUCCAGAUGGAGCAGGUCUGAGUGAACUUGGUUCUGGUCCUGAGUGUCGUCCUGCUCUACGCGGCGUGGCUAUGUCUCGGGCUGAGGACCUCAGAGCGGAGCUGUUGAGAGCAGAACAUCUGAAAGCCGAGGCCAUAUGGGAGGAAAACUCUGACGGGUCCAGAAAGCUGGAUGGACGGCCAAAGCUCUUCCUGCGUCGCUUCUUUUCCUCCAUUGGUCUGAACAGUGUUGGUAGACUAGUGAAAGGAGGCCGCUCCAGCAGCAUGGAACAGCUCAGUAUACCCACCGCACCCCGGGCCGGCUCUGCUUCCCCAAGCCCGUCACGCAGACCACAGCCCACCACUCGCAUGCAGAGGACACCCUCACUGCAAACCCUCCACACGGUGCUGCCACUGGCCCAACUGCGCAAAGCCUCCUCAGUGCAGAGUUUGGAGAGACGAACAGAACGUUCAACAAUACUGGGAGAGGUGCAGAUACCGUACGGCCUGGCACCAAGUUACAGCCCUGAUAGCCCUCAGCUCGAGCUCCACAGGGCUCUGAGUGUUGAAGAUGUGCUUACCUCCAGAAUAGCGCGUCCAGUGGGCCGGGUCACCCAGGCAUUCCCUGAUGGGACCCUCCUCCUGGAGCUUGUUAGACCCCCAAAUGGUCCCUUUGGCUUCGUCAUCUCAAGGGGCAAAGGUCGACCAGACACCGGUGUGUAUGUGGAGAAAGUGGGUGACGGUGGUGGCGAAGGCCCUUAUAUAGGUCUACUCAGCAUCGGUGAUGAAAUUCUGCAGGUGAAUGGAGAGGCAGUGGCUGGACUCAGUCUGGACCAUGUGACGCGGCUCAUGACCCGGGAUAGCACCGCUUCUCUUCGGAUCAUGCCGGCCCGACGCAACCAGCGCUGACUGGGAAGAUAGGCCUGGCACCGAGCCACUUCUCCUGCAGACAUGGAUUAUAAUUCACCACUGCAAACACAUCUGAUGGACUGUAGCAUAUGGUAGAUAACCGAUGUGUAUUUCAGUGCAGUUUUACAUCUGAGAAUGGCUACAUGAGAUUACAGGGUUGGAAGUUAAUUUCCUGUUGUUCAACAACACAGCAAGGGAUUUGGAUUACAACGACAAAUCAAUAAAAUAACCAAAUGACAAAACUAUCACCAAAAACAUCCAGUAGUAGAGAGGACUCAUUAGCUAGAAACUAGAUUUCAGAGUAUAUAUUGUGAUACUUGUAAAAAGGUUAAGACGAUAACUACUGAUUCAACUCCAGCAAAACGUGUUUCUCUGCUUCUGUUUUUUUGUUCAGACAUAGUUGAAUAGGUAUCCUUUUUAUUCACAAGGUAUCUGAAUUUUAACCAAAUCUUUAAACAAUUUUCAAGCUCUCUAAAAUAAAAAAAAAAAAAAUGAGAUUAUUGCAUUUAUUUGUACUUAAGUAUUUGAGAUAAUAAAAAACUUUUCUCAUG